AUGGAAGAUGUCCACAGUCUUCUUGAUUCUCUGCAAAUCCACACGGCCGACAGGACGCUGCCGUGGCUCGUCACACUCGCGGCAGAGCCGCUGCUGAUGCUGCUCGAGUUGAAUCCCUCGCUCAAUGUUUCCAGCAUACCCCCGCCAGCAAACCCGAUUCUGCUGCAGACGGACCAAUACUACCAAAAGCGUGGUCUCUGUCCGACGGCAGAUUCCAUCAAGCCGACCAACAAGUCCAACACUGGAGUCAUCGUAGGCGCCGUCGUCGGAAGUGUUGGUGGCAUUGCACUCCUCGUUGGACUCUUCUUUUGGUGGAGACGUCGUAAGCGACAACAGCAGCCCACACAGCCGGAGAUGAACCAGAAUAUUAAUAAUGGGAUCGGCCCCGCAUACAAUGUGCCCCCUCCCGUCCCAUUCGUUACUCCUCCUCAACCAAAUACCAAUGGUCCACCAAAUACCAAUGGUCCAAAUGGAUUUGUCCAUCCAGAUCUACGUCGUGCCACCUCGUCCUAUACCACCUCGACGGCAUACAACCCGAGCAUGUAUGGCAGCGCAGAGGGUCCCAAGGAUGGCACCCAGUACUACAAUUAUGCACCUCCACCUCCAGAAUCUACAAACCAUCUUUAUGCGCCCACGACUACUUCCCUCACACCAUCCCCGCCACCGCCGUCCGUGACGCCCAUGUCUGGAUACGCACCCUGGGCGAUACCGCUCACGUCCGAAGGCGUCGCAGGAUCCUCCAUAGCCGGCUCGUCGUCAAACCCCGGCUCUCCUCCCCCGCCAGCAUUUGCAAUGGAAGGUCAUCCCACAAACGAAAAGGCACAGUUUACGGCGACGUGGGGACAUGAAAAGGCUCACUUUUCUGGAUACGCACCCCCGCCGACAGAACCAUCGGAAAAGGCGGGAUUCCAGCCCCCCAGGAUGGCGGCCCAGACACCUGCGCCAGCGUAUUCUGCUCAUGAUGCUCCUCAGUAA